AUGCACCCAACGCAGCGCGAGGAACGCGCCAGUGUGAACUGGCACAGCGCCUCGCACGGCGCCUUGUCGUCUGCUGGACCGCAACGGAGAAAUGACGAAUCCUGGGUCGAGAUCUCCUCCCAGCCCUCCUCUUCCUCCCUUUCCUCCAUCGGUGACGAGAUCGUGACGACCGGCUUGAGGGUCGGAAACCCACCCACUGCCCGCCGCCGUCGGGUCCAACCUCCUGGGCCACGAUCCUACCACGUCGACCAGGCUGCUAUCCAGGGAGGCACCAGCAGCCAGGAAGAAUACGAGGAGACGGAGAGUGAAGAGGACAGGCUCUUGUCGAGCUCCAACGAGAACGUUCAACAGCCCAUCCGUCAGUCUUUCCAGAGACCGGCCCAGUCGGCGUCGGAGGACUCCGAUGACGACUACGAUAAUGCCACCGCACUGGGCAGAGUCUCCGACGAUCCAGUCUUUCGUCCACACCCCAACGCCUUUUCUCACCCACCAGGGCUGGGCAGCCGCCGCCACUCGACAAACACAUCCAUGCCGUCGCACCCUCACAGCCGGGUACGCCCUGCGCUGAGCCAGCGCUCGCAGACACGCGUCUCGCGCGGCCCCGGCCACUUCAUGUCCCCGUCCUACCAAGCCGACCACGACGAAGCUCUCCGCACGUCGCUGACGACCCUGCUCUCCUGCGCCGCCGCCGCCCGCGGCCUGCCUAAGUACAAGGACGCCGAGCAGCAAGGAGCCCCUCCCACCCUCGCCGGCGUCGGCCCCAGCACCCGGCCCGUCGAGCUCCGCCUCAUGCCCGAAGCCGAGCUCAUGGCACCCACCCCCGUCCCCGAGCCCAUCCCACGCGCCAAAUCCCCAGCCCGCUCCCGCGCAGCGACGACCACGUCGCCCUCACCCGGCGACGGCGUCGACAAGCACAAGCGCAGCGCCUCGUCCCAGACGCGUUCGGCCCGCGUGUCCAAGAAGAAAAAGGUCGCCAUCGACGACGGCACGACGACCCUCAUGAGCCCGACGCUGCUGACGUGGGUCAUGAGCGCUGGCGUCGUCGUCCUCGUGUCCGUCGUCGGGUUCGGCGCCGGCUACGUCAUGGGUCGAGAGGUCGGCCGACAGGAAGCCUUUGCCAGCGCCGGCGCCGGUGUCAACGCCUCCUCCGUGGCCGCCGACUCGUCGUCCUGCGGCCGGGAGGUGAUUCGCUCCUCCGGCGGGCUGCGACGGCUCCGCUGGGGAGCAAGCGUCGUCGCCUCGAGCUGA